UGAGGUUUGUGUUUGGACAUUUCUGGGAAAGCCUGCAACGCGCAGUGUUAAUUGCCAAGGAGAACCUGCGAGGGAGCACGAAGGCAGUUCUCUCCCUGUGCGGACUCUUUCCUUUCCUUGUGUCGGUGGUUCCUCCGUCCUGGUGCCCGGUGAUCGUCUCCCAGUGCACUGGACACAAUGACCGAGGAUUAAUUGGAUACGUUCAUUUAUCAGGGUAUUUUAACGUGCGUAUUUUUUUAGGAGGUGUGACGUGGUCCAAAAAAACGUUUCGCCCAAAGACUCAUUAAUUUCCCCUCCUAGGGCUGAGGAAUUAUCACAACGUUGCUGGGUGUUUGUGUAACAGAUGACCUUAAUACUCCGGAUCCCCUGGAUUACACCGGUACACGGCAGUGUUGCUGACAUGAACUGUUUACGCGCAACGAACUCUCCUCUUCUGAGCCUUCUCUGUCUCGCUCAGGGCAGACGGUGAAGUGGACUUCCUCUAGCAGAAGACAUGCUCUGAAACACCUCGCUGGCAGACUGUUAUGUGCCCAUCACUGCUCACUUUAUGUCUUCACCUGGAACUAAUUGAUUACCAAACUAAAAGACGCGCUCCGCCACUGGAUCUGUAUCUUCUACUGAGUCUGACAUCUCGGCAGCAUGCGGAGGGCUUCCGUUCUCACGUUGGCGCUGAUUUAUCUGCUGACUUGGACAAGUGAGGCCGACAAAGAGACUCAACUCAAGCGGGUGCAAUUGCACAGACGCUCCAGGCUGGUACGUGCCCAGCAGGGCGCGUCGGACAAGGAGCGCCCCGUCUGGCGUAUGCGCCCCGGGUUCGGUUCGGCAAUCUCCGUGCACGGGUACAGGAAGCAGGGAGAUGUGCAGGCGGACGAGGGUGUUGCCGUUUCCGCCAGGGCAGGGUCUGCGCAGGGCAAGAGAGCAGGAGGUCCUAGUUUCGGGCCGAGGAGACGAGCGGCCGGGCAGGUUGCCUUGCCGCGCCAGCCGAACACCCUGCGAGACGAGGGCACUCCGGGAGCGAGAGCCAGGGUCACCCGGAUGCCCAACGGCGCCGGGUCGCCGAACCUGCUGGCCAGCUUCGCGGGCAAGAACCGCGUCCUGGUGAUCUCGGCGCCGCAUGAAUCCGACGGCUACUACCGGAUGAUGAUGUCUCUCCUGAAACCAGACGUGUACUGCGAGCUCGCCGAGCGACACGUCCACCAGGUGGUCAUCUUCCAUCAGGAGGGAGAGAUGGGCGGCAAGGUGAGGAGGAUCACCGCGGAGGGGAAGGUGAUGGAGGAGCCGCUGAACACAGCGCUCAUCCCCAGACUCAUGAGCGUCCUCAAAUUGGAGAAAGGUAAGUUUGGGAUGGUGCUGCUGAGGAAGACCCUGCAAGUGGAGGAGAGGUACCCCUACCCUGUGAGGCUGGAGGCCAUGUACGAGGUGAUGGACCAGUCGCCCAUGAGGAAGCUGGAGAGGAGCCGACAGAAGGGCUUCGUCCAGAAGUGUAAAGCAGCAGGUGUGGAGGGCCAAGUGGAGGAGGCCACGCUCACAGAGGCACCAGUAGAAAGAAAACCAGGGAAGAAGAUUCCAAGAAAGCCCACAACAACAACAACAACUACAACCACACGACCAACCACCACCACUACCACCCGGCCCACCACUACUACCACAACCAAAGCAACAACAACAACAACCAAACCAACCACUACCACCACCAGAAGAACCACCACAAAACGACCCACCACCACCACCACGACCCAGAGACCCACCAGAGCCCAAACCACAGCCCUGUGGCUCCCAGCCCCCAGAACCACCGCUGAUCCUCACUCCUACAACCACAGAGAGAGGGAGAGGCACCCGGCUAAAACCACCCCGGCUGGGGAGAACCGAGAUCCGCACGGCCGCAAGCUGGUACCCGCCACGCAUAAACCCUCCAAGACCAAACCCACCCGGAGGAAGAACGGAGGACAGAAGGUGUUGACGAACGAGUACGAGGACAAGUACGAAGCGGGCAAGCCGACCGCCAGUGAUCCGGAGGAGGCGGAAACCUUCACUGACGUCAGCCCCACCAAGAAGGUCAAGGGCAGGCACGAAAAGCACGACAAGAAGAAGAAGAAGAAGAACGACAAGGCCGCCAAGAAGGCGGAGAGGAGAGCAGGAAAGGCAGGGAAGGAGGGAAAGAUCGGAGGCAAGAAAAAUGGAAAGAAGCCGUCUAAGUACCCGGAGAAAGAGGACUACCCAAAGCCCACUAGGAAGCCAACGCCCCCUGCAAAGGGAACUCUGGCGUCCUUCCUGGACUACUUUGAAAACAGGAGGCGGCUGCUGCUGAUUACGUCCCCCGGCGAGGAGAGCAAUAUGUACGUCGAGCAGCGGGACGAGUACCUGGAGUCCGUGUGUGAGAUGGCCAUCAGGAAAGUCUCCAUCAUCACCAUCUUUGGCUCCCUGACCAACUCCACCAUGAAGAUUGACCACUACCAGCUGGAAAAAGACAAGCCUAUGAAGGGUCUUCGCCAGGAGGACUUGGAGAACCAGGAUCUGAUCACAGAGCUGAGGAAAGAGUUCGGCAUGAUCCACGAUGACUUCUACAUGGUCCUCACCGACGGCGACAUGAGAGUCAAGCAAUCCUACGAGGUUCCCAUCGCCAUGAAGGCUGUGUUAAACUACGUCGACACCUUCUCCUCCCGCAUCCGGGAGAUGGAGCAGCAGAAGAGAGACGGGGUCGUCUGCAAGAAAGAGGACAAGCCCAGAUCGCUGGAGAACUUCAUCGCCAGGUUCCGCUGGAGACGUCGGCUGUUUAUCAUUUCCGCCCCCAACGACGAGGAGUGGGCCUAUCAGCAGCAGCUCUACGCCCUGGCCAGCCAGGCCUGCAACCUCGGUCUGAGGCACAUCGCCAUUCUGAAGUUGACCGGCACAGAGACUACGGAUAUGGGCGGCGUCUUGGAACUCUAUCCUAUCAAUGGGAGCGCGACCGUGGAGCGCGAGGGGCUGUCGGCCAACCUGGUGAAGGACGUGAGGGACUACUUCCAGAUCAGCUCAGAAUACUUCUCCAUGCUGCUGGUGGGGAAGGACGGCAACGUGAAGUCCUGGUACCCCUCCCCCUUGUGGUCCAUGGCCAUCAUCUAUGACCUCAUCGACUCCAUGCAGCUGCGCAGGCAGGAGAUGGCCAUCCAGCAGUCGCUGGGCAUGCGCUGCCCCGAGGACGAGUACGGCGGCUACGGCUACCAUCAGCACGGCUACCAGGACGGAUAUCACCAGGGCUAUGGUUACUAACCCCCCCCCACACACACACACACACACACACACACACUCUCUGCCUUGCAGCUGGGCACUGUCGGCCCUCUUCCUUUUCACCCAUGACUUUUUUCCUCCUCCCUCCACCGGGCGGUCGGCUCAGACAGUGACGUCCUUGAAUGUUUCGUAGCACUUCGUGAAAGCCUCAAAACGGUCGCUUUCACCUAUCCAGACCUUCGAUAGAUAUCAAAAAUAUGCUGCAAGUCAUCGUAGUUUUGCAAGAUGCUUUGAUUCGAGCCGACUAGUCAAUACGUGUAUAAAUGAGCCGGAAGGUUUAGAGAUCUGUUGUGGACUUUUUUUGGGGGGGGAUUUGUCAUUUUAAACAGUGUUUUGCACAUUUAUUAUAUCAUCCGUCUCCUUCCCUUGACCUUCUAGGUCAAAUUUACAUAUUGAUUUUAUCAGCGCACACCUUUAUUAUUUUGUAGAUAAGGGGCUAAAAUAAGACAUAUGUAUUUAUUGGGACCAUCUUGUUGCAUUUGAGGUGCAGUUAUCGAUUAUUUUAUGAAAAGAAGCUGUCACAUUAUUUCUCUUUUGUAAAAUUGCUGUUGCUAUACAAUGUUCCUAUUUAUACUCUAUUGUGCUAUAUGACAAAUAAACAUGUGUUUACUUCCA